GGCCUUGUGGGCCUUUGUAAGGGUGAUGACCUCUUCCCCGAUUUUUGGAAUUUUCACUGCAUCAUCCACCGGGAGCAACUCGUGUCUAAAACACUGAAUUUAGACCACGUCAUGAAACCUAUGAUGGAGAUUGUGAACUACAUCCGCACGCAUGCCCUUACUCACCGACAGUUCAAAAAUCUCAUUGCUGACCUAGACGGAGACUUGCCAGGUGACUUGCCACUGCACUGCGCUGUAAGAUGGCUCUCAAGAGGUAAAGUGGUUUCACGCUUUUUGGAGCUUUUGGAACCAGUAAAAUUGUUUAUGGCAGAAAAGAACAAAAGUUACCCUCAGCUCUCAGACCCCAAAUGGCUUAUGGAUUUGGCUUUCUUAGUGGACAUGCUUUCACACUUGGACAAACUAAACCUGGACCUGCAGGGGAAAUUAAAAACUCUUCCUGAUCUGACACAAAGUGUAUUCUCCUUUGUUAACAAGGUGAAGCUGUUCAAAGUGCACAUUCAAAAUGGCAAUCUGUCCCAUUUUCCUUCAUUGCGCAGCGCCCAGCAGAAGGCUGGCAUUAGAAUGAAUAUGGGUCAGUACGUGAAAAUGCUUGCGCAACUGUACGGGAGCAUUACUUCGCGUUUUGAGGACCUGCAGCAGAAAAGACCACAGAUCGCUCUUCUCAUCGACCCUUUUAAUGCAGAGGCAGACUGCCUCAAAUCCCCGCUUGUCACUGAUGAGGCAGCGAGUGAACUGGAGAUGAUUGAGCUACGCGAGGAUGACAGACUGAAAUCUCUUUUGAAAGAAGGCCCUGUUGCGUUUUGGAGAGUUGUGCCAACUGAAAAAUACCCGUGUGUAAAAAGAGCCGCCCUCAAACUGCUGUCGAUGUUCUCCUCAACAUAUGUCUGCGAAUCCCUGUUUUCUACCUUGAAACACGUGAAGUCCAAGCAUCGGUCCGUUCUGACUGACACUCACGUAAAGGAACUGCUCCGAGUGGCUACAACUGAAUACCAACCUGAUUUGCAGAGGAUUACUAGAAACAAGAGAUGCCAGAAAUCCCACUGAGAUUAUCACCCCAUCACCUCCAGCAAGGUCAGCGCGUGGUGUGGCUCUUGGACUUUCACAGUUAAAGAUUUCGGCUCUUUGUGUCUAACUUGUUCGCCACCCCUG